GUGAUCCAUGGCAACAGCGGAGUCUUCAGCAGUGCAGCGAACUGACAGUCUCUCGUUCACACAGUUCUCUCACCGAAACGGCUCAUUCAGUUUUCUCUAGAAACGCGUCUUCUCCUUCGCCUCUCAUGAAAGGUUAGUCCACGAUUUUCGAGGACUUUUUGAGCAGAGAAGUGGUUGAGAAGAGUUAUUAACAGAGUAAGUCAGAGUACUGAGGAAUGCGAAGAGCUCUCAUCAGUGAAACGGCUGAGACACACAGAUCACGGCACCUCCACCACCAUCAGCUGUUGUAGCGCCGAUGCUCCGUGCGCUGUAUUCUGCCGGGUGAUGGAAAGCACACCACUGCUCUUUGACAUUGCAAGGCUUCUUUUCCUGAUGUAUGCUGGCGUAAGACUAAAUACAUUGAUCACCACAUCGAUCUCCAAAUAGAUCGAUGUACGCCAAUGCUCUUUGUAUGUGAGAACUUCACCUGCAGCGUUAGCGAAGACACUCAGCAGAGGAAGCAUUCACGCUGCUGCCAGCCGCCGGUUCGCCCAGGUGUCUUGGUUGGAGGGUAGCGGCAUUUACGCAUAAUUUAUUUUCUAAUAAAAAAAUAACAAGCUUCUGUAAAUUCCGUGAAGAUGGCGACUGGGACGGGUUGGCAGCAGUAUUACAGCACAGCCAGCGGCUCUUCCACAGGAGCGGGGAAAUAUAAUUCCGGAGCCACAUCAGCCAUGUCUUUCCAACCGGCACUGAGCUUGGAGUACAGCCAGGAUCUGCACCUCAAAAUGAGCAAGAAGAUCGCGCAGCUGACCAAGGUGAUCUAUGCACUUAACACAAAAAAUGACGAGCAUGAAGCAGCCAUUCAAACUCUGAAAGAGGCCCAUGAGGAAGAGGUACAGCAGAUUUUAUCAGAGACCAGAGAGAAAAUCCUGCAAUAUAAAAGUAAGAUCAGUGAUGAGGUGGAUCUCAGGAGGCGCAUCCAGUCCCUUGAAGAGUCUGUAGAGUUGCACGAACGCAUGAAACGGCAAGCUCUAACCGAGUUUGAGACCUACCGGCAGCGAGUAGAAGACAUGCAGCUGUGCACUGAGGCCCAGCACACCCAGCGAGUGGUCACCAUGUCUAGGGAGGUGGAGGAGAUGCGUCGUAGCUUUGAAGAGAAGCUGCGUUCUUUUAGCCAAGUCCAUGCCCAGUCUGAGCAAGACAAGAGGGUAGCCGUGGAAGAAUUACGUGUCACACACCAACAAGAAAUUCAGGAUAUGCUACGGAGUCACCAAACCCAGAAUGCCAGUUUCAAUAAAGACCAAGAAAAACUUAGUCAGUUCCACAAAGCUGAGGUGGAUGCUCUUAACGAAAGAGUAGAGGAGCUGAAAGUUGAGAAAAUGAAGCUGGUGGAGGAGUACGAAGCCAAGUUGAGUAAAGCCCAAGUCUUCUAUGAGCGGGAACUGGAGGCCAUGAAGAGAACGCAGCAGCUAACAGCAGAAAACCUGCUUGCCUGGAAGAAAACAGAGGCUGAGCUGAGGAAAGAGUUUCACUCUCAAGAGGCAGCGUUGCAGAAAACAUUGGGCAAACUCCGGACAGAAUUACAGCAAGUUCAGGAAGAAGCUCAUGAGUUCAAGGAGAAAUCCCAGAAGCUGCAGACAUCCCUCAACACGGCAGAAACCAGCAUCAAGGGGCUUCAAAAACAGCUGGAUGAAGCAAAUCAGGAUGCAGAAAUUUUGCUGAUUAGGCAGAAGGAGACAGAGUGUGAGCUGGAAGCUACUCGAGACAGAGUCCAGCAGCAGGCCACGGAGAUUCUCCUAAAAGCCAGUCACAUCGGUACUCUUCAAGCUACACAGAUGACUCAUGAAGCUGCCAUAAGGGACCUGGAGUCUGAGAAGUCACGGUUAAAAGAUAAGGUGGUUCGACUGGAGGAGGAGAGAAGUUUGCUGCAAACCAAACUGCAAAAUAUCGAUGAACGGCAAAAGCAACAAAUUCUCUCACUGGAGAAGGCUUUGAAAGAGGAAAAGCAAAUAUACGAGAAGGAGAUAAUGAGCAUCCGUGCCAAAUAUGAAGAAGAAGCAGCUCACUUUAAAGAAGCACAGGCAAGAGCUCUAGAAGAGCUGUCAAAAAAGCACAGAGCAACCCUGGAGACUACACAAAGCACAGCCGAACGAGAAAAGAAACGGCUUCAGGCGGAGAUGGAACAGCAGCUUGAAAAAGAGAGGCUGUCUCUGGAAGAACAGAAAAAUCAGCUCCGACAGCAGCUGGAAAACCUAAGGGAAGAGCUGACAGCCAGGCUGAGCACAGCCAAUCAGGAGAUAAUUCGUCUCCAACAGCUUGUCAAGAAGAGUGAACAGGGAUUGGGAUCUGCAGAAGGGCACAUAUCAAGUCUCAAGAAAGCACAAGAACAACUUUGUGAAGAACUCGACUCCACUCGAGAAAGGCUGAGAGAAACCAGCGAUCUGCUGACUACAUUGCAGGGAGAAAUGGAUAAGCAAAGACAGCAGCACGAAAGCAGGAUCAUUACAAUCAAAGAGGAAGAAAAAAUGAAAAUGGACAAGGUAGCAUUGGAGUUGGAACUCAAAUGGACAGAAACACUCAGGCAGGAGUGUAAAAAGUUACGUGAGGAGUUGAAGGAGGAGCACGAGGAAGAUAAGAAAUUGGCAUUGAGUCAACUGACUCAUCAUAAAGAGCAAGAAAUGAAUGCAGCCAGGGAGAGCUGGCAAAAAAAAAUGGAGGAUCUUCUUGAUCAGCGGCACUGUCUUGGUGAAGCAUUACAUAAAUCAAUCAGUAAUAUCUCCUUACUGAAACAAAGUUUAGAGAUGCAGCUUUCACAGUCCCAGAACUCCCUUCAGCAACUCCAAGCCCAGUUCAACCAGGAGCGUGAACAUUUGAACCAACAGCUCCAGGAGAUUCAGGUGGAGCAUCAACACAGGGAGAAAUCCUUGGAAGAAGCUCAUUGCAUGGCCAUGCACAAUAUGGAGGAAAUCAGAGUACAGGAACUAAAGGAGCUAGAGGAGCGACUGAGACAGCAACACUAUGAGGACCUGCAGUCCCUAAAAGAGGCACAUAGAAUAACAAUCGAGACACUGAGGCAGCAGACGGAGCAAGAGCUGCAAACACUUCGCUUUGAACUUGAGGAUGAAGGGAAGGCAAUGCUUGCCUCUUUACGUUCUGAGCUGAACCAUUUGCAUGCAACUGCAAUUGAACAUCUUCGACAGAGUCAUCAGCAGGAAAUGGCCGCUGCCAAGCUGGAACUGGAGAAUGCGUUAGAACAGAGUAGGCAGCAGGAGAAGGAGCUGCUUGGCCGCAUUGCUGAGCUACAGAAUGAAGUGAGACACAGAGAGCACCACAUUGCAGAGCUGGAUAAAGAGAUUCACUCACUUCAUGAGAAUAUCAGUACACUGACCAAGGAGCUCGAGCUCAAGGGCAAAGAGGUUUUGAAAAUACGGAGUGAAGCCAACCAACAAAUCAGGGUCCAUGAACAGGAGCUGACAAAAAGACACGAGAGAGAGUUGACUGAAAUGACUGCAGCCCAUAUCCGAGAUAAUCAGAAUAUGGUGUCUGACUUCAACAAGGCUCAAGAGCUCCUAAAAGACAAGAUAGCAGCUUUGCAAAUAUUAUUGGAAGGUGCGGAGGAAAAAUUCAGAAACCGAGAGAGCAGGCCAGAAGAUCUCCAGUUUAUUGCUGAGCUGAAGGAUAUGGUGACCGAAAGGGAAUCCCUUGUUAAGAAACUUAUUGAUGAUAAGAAGUUCUAUCAGCUGGAGCUGGUGAACAGGGAGACAAAUUUUAACAAAGUGUUUAAUGCGAGUCCCAAUGUCGGUGUGAUUAACCCACUGGUCAAGCAAAAGAAAAAGAAUGACAAAUCUACAAACAGAGUCAUCAGUGCUACAAAUCUAAGUGCCCUGGAAGCUGCAGCAGCGGGGAGCGGGCCCCCUCAGCCUGCCCGCCUAGAGCCAAUUCCUAACUCCCCCAUUCACGACCUUGAGUUCAACAGUAGCAAACCUCUACCCCAGCCAACACCACCGAAAGAGCCCAAGAAAUUUCUGAGCCCUCCUGAGACAGAAGAGUUGCAAGAAGCCACACCAGAUCCACAGCGUCAAGAGUGGUUUGCCAGAUAUUUCACCUUCUGAUCGUUUUACCCAUUGGAGGGACUGGUGUGCAGGACUUUUGAGGAGCAUGCCAUGAUAUCAUCUGUAUUUAGACACCUACAGCCAACUAUGAUUUUAGGUUUAUUAACUCACUGUGAAUGGAUUUCUUUGUUUGUACAGUGACAAUAUUUGUUUUGCAUUACCUUUUAUGCAAUUUCUGACAAAUUGUGCAUACGCUGCUAAAUAUUAUUUGUCUAAUGAUAUUGUCUUUUACCCAUACAUUCUUUUAGGAUGGCAAAGUAUUCCGAGUUUGUUACAGCUGCAUAAUAAAUUUUGGUAGAACUAAAUUGUUUGUAUGGUUGUAUGAACACAGAAAUGAUGAUGUCUCACCAAUUUUAAAAUGAAUUCCAUAUUUUAUAUUUAUAUAAUAUGUGUGUAUGCUAAUAAAUUAUAAAUUGUGAGAUUUAACCAAA